UCAGUAACAUAUCUUGUCAUUUGUCAAUGUCAAAAAUCUUGUAAAGUAAAUAUCGAAAUCAAAGGCAUUUGCAGAAUAAAUCUGUAGGAAAUUAGAGUUUUCUCUAAUUAAUCAUAGGAUAAUGGGGUUACUAAAAAAGACGACAGGCCUUGUGGGCAUGGCUGUGGCGCCUAACCCUCAUCAUACUUUAGGAUCACUUUAUGGCAAAAUUCUCAGAACAUUGCAAAAGAUGCCAGAGUCAUCAGUAUAUAGAAAAUAUACUGAACAGAUUGUUAAAGAAAGAGCAGCUGUUUUAAAACAGACAAAAGACACAUAUGAAAUUGAAACUAAAAUAAACUGCGGUCAAGCUGAGGAGCUUAUUAUUCAAGCUGAAAAUGAGUUAAAUCUGGCACGUAAAAUGUUAGUCUGGAAACCAUGGGAGCCAUUAGUUGCCAAGCCUCCAAAGACACAAUGGGAUUGGCCUCCAACCAAAGCUUAAACUCAUUGCACAUUGAUAAGAGAAUGAAUUUAACAACUGUUUCCAUCGUUAUUUGUAGAAUGCAAUUAUAGUUUUAAUUUGUUUGAAAUAAAGAGACACCAGUAUAAAUUAAAUAACAUUUUUAUUCUGAACAACCUAUUGAAACAAGGGUUCCCUUACUAUGAAUAUUUCAUAGCAUUGAAUGUUCAUGUCAAAUGUAUUUUCCAUUACAAAUCUGUAAUACUGUUAAAGUAAAGUGUUGAAAACAUGAAAGAGUUACAUUAUUAAUUAAUCUUAUGUGGCAGCAAAUUUGUUAUAUUUACAAGAGAUUUUUUUUAAUAAU